UCGCUCUGCUAACCGCGAGCGCACACGUGCGACGGGUUCCAGUUGAACGCAACGCAACGCGACAGUUCGCGGCCGCCGCUGCUGCUCACGUGGAUACGUGGGUGUAACUUCUGGAGUUGAAACAGCUGCUCCCUGGAAUUCCACGUUUCCGCGAUACCUUCGAGCCGCAUAUUAUACCGUGCGCUGCACCCAUGUGAUGUUUCGCUGUGACACUUCGCGAAUGCUCCGGAGUUGCGGAGGUGCGGCUCGACGUUGCUGACCCGCGGGGAUCCUUAUCCUUCGAUCGAUCGGCCGCGGACGCUUGUGGAGGACCUGUCUGAAAUGAGACAUAUUUUUACAAACAAUCGCGGAGAUGCCUACGAAACAUUUGAAAGCGGUAGAUAUCCUGGAGGCUCUAGAAUCGAGGCUCGCGUAUGUUCCAGGUGGUCGCGAUCGUGACGGGCGACCUUUGGUCGUAAUUAGCGUUCCGCCGGAACUCGAUCCAACGACGAAACCAAAACUGGAGUCCCUCAUUUUGUAUUACUUGUCGAUUUUCAGCGAGGAUACGAAGGAGAACGGUUUGGUUUUAAUCGUGGACGCGCGUCGCGGAGCAUGGCGCGUGGCUAGAUCCUGCAUCAGGCUGUCCACGAGUCUGAUGGAAUCCAAAGUGGUCUCUGUAAUCGUGGUGCGACCCGAUGGCUUUUGGGACAAACGCGUCGACAGCUGCACCAAGUCUCACAAGGAAGGCGAACCGACUUACGUUACGCUGACGAGACUCCAUGUUUGUGUCGACUUUUCCCAGCUGCCGUAUGAGCUGGCGGGCAACAAGGCGUAUAAUCACGUCGAAUGGAUCAAGAAGCGUAUGAAAAUAGAAGAUUACUCGAGAGACGCUCUGGAGCUUGUAUCGAAGAUGACGAACCUGCAUCAAAGGUUGAACACCCUCGACGGUAUUCGCAUGACGCAGUCGGAUGAUGACGUAGAGUCUUAUUGGGAGAUUGGCACAGAAUUGUUGUCAACGGCGCGUCAUAUACUCCAAUCAGGUAGGAAUCUAGUGAGUGCCAUGAGCAGAGAAUCCUCCAAGGAUACCUUGGAUACUGUAAAAGAAAUUCACAAGCUGCUUGACUCGAUCGAGCUGAAGCAGAUGGACAUUGAAAAUUCGUGGACAGAGAUGGAACGGAAUCUGGACACCGCCAGAGUGAUCGAGAAUCUCGAGCAGGGUGUGUCGAGCGUUACCGAUUGGAUCUUGGGUCCGGCCGACACGAUGCUGAAUUCCUGUUGGCAGGUCGGCUUCGACGUCUCUUCAUCCGAAGAGCUCCGAAGGCAACACGAAAAACUGGAGCUUCAAUGCCGCGAAACCUACGGCCGCUACGCAGAGCUGCUCCACAGGAUCGAUAGUCUUCCUAAAAGCCGACUGCCCGAAGACCUGAAGUCUCAGAGAGACUUCAUGGAUUUCGUUUGCCGCAGCUUUGCCUCGCGGCUCGAACGACGCAGGAACGUAUUGAUCACUUCGCAGAGAUUCUUCAGGCUCGUCUCCGAGUACUUCGACAGGACGAGCGAAGUGUUCGAUCAGUUAGUUAUGGGCAGCAGGAGUUACAAUUUUUCUCAGGCUAGCGUCAAGCUCCUGACAUUGGAGAAGAGCCAAACGGUUUUAGACGGCUUAGAGCGCGAGCUCGUGAAGGAAGGGGAGAAACUGUCGGACAUCCUCUCCAUGCCCGUAAAGGACGCGCUUGGCCGAGAAGUUUGCGUGAAUUACGACGAAGACAUCGUCAACGUCAAGGACAUACUCGACGCAACGAACGCCCGGAAGAACAUCUUCAACGACAGCGUGGAGUUGCAGAAGCUGUCGUUGAAGCAGGUAGCUCUGAUACAUAUGUACGAGAGCGACGCCGAGCAGGCUGUCAAGUGGUUGAACGAUUUAUUCAACGUUCUGCUGCGAAAUCACUUGGAGGUCGGCUGCAACGCGAAGGAAAUACAGUCGCAGAAGGAGGAUCAUCAAUCAUUUCAGGAAACCGCGAAGGGGACUUACGAGUAUGGCGGCCAACUGGUGAACGGCGCCCGGGUGCUGAGACUAUCCUGCAGAAUAUCGUUAGAGAGCAAUGCUAGUCUCUUUUCAAGAUUGCGCCAAGCUUGGCGGCAGCUUCGCUCCGUCAGCCAGGAGCAGCUAACCAGGCUAAGAGUGUGUGCGGUUUUUCACAGGAACGUCGAAGAUCACUGUGCCAGACUGAGGAACCUGGUGGAAACGGUGACGAUUCUGCAUCGCGCUCCAAAAGACGAAGAAGACGUCACGGCCGAGGCUCGUGUCAGGUCAGGCAUGAGAGACAUCCUUGACAAUCGAGAGAAACUCCUGCUGGAGGUCGGGCGAAUGGUGAGACUGGGUCGUCUCCUUAAGACCAGGCUGAAGGAGCCGCUUUAUCAUCAACGAAUGUCGGAAGUCGAGGAUGCCUCGAUCCUCGGCAGUAACCUGACAGCGGUGGAGGCUAUCUCGGCGAAAUUGGCGGAGGUGACGCGUCUCGCGGAGAAACUGGACGCGAGGCUGUGCGAGGCUGGAGCGAGAACUCGGCCGAUGUCUAUUCCUACCACCAUGACGUCCUCCGCGUCGUCCUUGCUCUCGAUAUCGGCCAUCUCGUCGCCAGUCGCGCCCAGCCACACGACUUCCACCGCGAUCGCACCGGCGUCGACGUCGGCCGAUGCGACUCCAGCGACGACCUCAGCAUCUGUCACGACUCCAGCUCACUCGACGUCCUCGGCAACCGCGUCCGCGUCCGCGAUCGUCGUGUCUUCGUCAUUACCUGCAUCGCCUGCGAAGCAUCACGCGGCUUCCGCUUCCAUCAUGUCCAAUGAUGCGACCAAGCCUGCUGCUUCUUCUUCAACGGAGAAGCCUGACGAGAGCUCGCCUCGUGUCACCUCACAUUCCACGGAGGAUUUUCAAACGCCGAGCAAAGAUUUCAAGGAACUUGCCGAGCACCCUCGCAGCGAAAGUGCAGCGGACGAAUACAACGUGGAGAGCUAUGCGACAGCGACUGAGUGCUCGACUCCGAAUGUCUGCUCCAGGAGCGAAUCUUUCGUCACGUCGCCGGAAUGCGACCAGGAUCUCCCUGUCACGGCAUCCGCGACGCCAUCGUGUUCUGGUUUCGCUUGGUGGACCACCGAAGCGCCCAAACUGGUGACUACAACCGCACCCGUUACUUCCGCCGCGAGCAACGAAAAGCAGACGCUGAGAGUAGCGGAAACGGUGUCGAGCGUUUCCAGCGUCAACGGAAUCAAGCCAACGAUGCGGAUCGAAACGAUGGACAAGAUCACUGACGAGAAGACCGGCAGGAUCGUAAAGGAGGUCACCGAGACGACUGUUUUGCGCGUGUCGCACGAUAUUCGAUUAGGCGUAGCCUCGUACAAGCUGACAUCGAACACCGUGCAGGACCAUCGGCAGCACGUCGACGCGAGGGCUAUUCAGAAUGUAGAACGUGUGCUACCAGUGGAAUCUGUCGAAAAAAUGAACGGCACUCACGACUCGGAGCUCAGUCCGUCAUUGAUCAGAGACCCCGAAAAAUAUAUCGAGAAGUACCCGAGGAAGGUGCAAUCGGAUCAGAAUAUCUCAACAAAAUUCGCAAAGGCCCGGGAACAUGCUCUAAGCGAGAGCUCGCGUUCAGCUUCGGGUUUAAGGGAAUGCGAGGAGGACGCAGCGUUGUCCACGCAGGACCUCCUGCGACACCACGAGGACAGCGGAAUCGAGAUGUCGCCGAUGAAGAAGGACGACAAUUCGGACGGCGAGGAGUUCCUCGAGAGAGCAAGGAAGAGCGGCGAAUGGCUGAAGCUGAAAAUACUCGAGGUGCAGCCAGAACUGACGAAGCUCGGUGCUUCCGUGAAGGAAGCCACGGAGCUGUCGAACGCGCACGACCAAGUACUACUCCGACUGCAGAACAAGCAAAGUCCGGUGGAGGAAUUGCUGCGGCAGGCGGACCAAUUGAUUUCGACCCAGCGCCCGAGAGCAGAGGUGUACACGGCCAUGGCGGAGACUCUGGGUCAAGCGUGGCGUGAUGUGAACCAACUUUUGGAACGUCGCAAGGAGAUACUCGAGCGAAACGUGUUAUUUCAAUGCCGAGCGGCAGAGUGCAGGGAGACCAUGGAUGCGUUGGAAAUGGCAUGCAACGACACCCUGUUGCCGAUCGAGAUCGAAGCGGUGAAGAAUUUCCUGUCGAAGAUUCAGGAUCUCCGCAAGGAUAUGCUGGAAGCGUUGAUGGGCGCGUUACGGGAGGGCAAGAUGCUGUUAGACGGGCUGAAGGAGUUGGCGAACGAGGGUACUUUGGACUCCAGACCCGACAGGAUCAAGGACGAAGCGGAACAUGCUGUGCUGCGAGUCGAGAGGUGGCUGGAAGAGCUCCACGACAGAAGACGGCUGAUCGAAGCGUCUUUCCGCAGCAGAAAGACCCAGUUGGAGCAAUGUCUCGCUCUCGCAUUGCUCGCGACCGAUCUCCGCGACCUCGAGGAGGUUCUCAACGACCGAAUCGCCGCUCUGGCUGGCAGUUGCGAUCAACUGGGAGAUUCCACGUCCAGUGCGGAGUUGCUCCUCUUCGAAUUGAAGAAGCUGCAAGCCGAGGCGAAGGAAUUCCAAGACCGGUCCAUCAAGAUAACCAAGUCGACCGAACGAUUAGUGUCAUCGGGACACUUUGCUGGCGAACAAGCGACCGAACAGGCGUACGCGAUUCUUGGCGCCGCCGCCGAUUACGUCAACGACUUGGAUCAGUACAACACGUUACUGAACAAGGCAAUGACGUUUUUCGAUUCUGCACGAUCGGCUCUCACAAAACUGGAUCAACUGGAGAUCCAACUGAUGACGACGGAGCAUCCUCCUUAUUCCACGCAACUCGCGCGUUUUCACGCGCAGACAGUGGCUACGAUAGAGGAUGUGACCUCGAAGCCUUUGUCGGAAGGAUACGCGCUGCUGGACAUCACGGGAAGAGGAGCGCCCGGUGCCGAGGGUGUGAAGAACACCGUGGAGGAGCUGGAGAGUCGCAAGGUCCGCUUGGUAGAACGGUGCACGGCUCACAAGGAGGAGAAUCUGGAGAUUUCGAGGAUGCUCACGGUGUUUUUGGACAAACAUGAAGCGCUACGGUCUUGGCUGAACAGUAUCGCCAAGGCGUUCUUGCAGGGACACCAGGACAUGGGCAGCGAUCUAGCGAUGGCGUGCGAUUUCCGUCGGGUUCACUGUCAGCUGCUAACCGAUCUGGAGAACAAGAGCGAGGAGGUGGAUCACUUAGAACUGGAGAUCCUCCCGAUCAUAGAGCGCCUGCAGGAGCCGCAGAAAUACGAAGUGCGAGCGAAAAUCAAAGAUCUCGAGGAUGCGUGGACGAAGACGAAGAUCGCAGUGGCGAAGAGAAUCGAAUUGGGCACGACUUACAUACAGUUUCACGAGAUCGCCGAAGAACUCUCCAGUGAAAUGGAUUCUAUCAACCACGAGUUGAAAACACGCGAAGACACGUUGAACGAAGGGAGAAUCGACCAGCUGGAGAAAAGAUGGGCGGCUCUGGAAUCUCUCUACAAGAAACUGAACAAUCGUGCCAAAGCGUUUCACGACGAAGCAGACAACGUUGAUGACUCUUACCUCGACACACCGAGAGCUUGCCUGUGCGUUCAGACCAUUCUGGAGAAGUUCGCUAAUCGUCAGUUAGUCGUGACAGAAUCGUGGGAAAAGUGGCAAACCACCAUCGAAAUUGCAAGGCAGAGGCGAGUCGAGCACGAACGAAAAGUCGAGGAAAGCAUAAAGACAUUAGCGUGGGUGUCCAAGUUCGAGACGAAGUUGUAUCCAGUAAUAACGUCACCAUCCUCUAGAAUAGCAGAUAUUCUGGAAAGUUUUAAGGGUGCAAGACUACAAGUCCUGCCUGAAUUGAACAAAGCAGUUCACGAAUUAGACGCUAGAAUCAAAAGCAUUCGGGCAUUCGCCGAUAGAGUAAUCAAAUCAGGAGAAGCUAAGACAGCCGAGAAGAUCUUAGGAAGACUCGUGCAGAUGUACGAUAAGAUGAACGACGCUGCCAAAGAUUACGAGAUGCUGCUCGAGUCUCUCAUCUCCAUCUUCAAGAAUCUCGAAGAAAUCGAUCACAAGAUCGACCGAGCGAGGCGAGAAAACGAACGCGUGUCGAGCUUUACGAAGCUGAUCGACGUGGACAGUGCAUUGAACGAGCUCGACGCAUCGAAAACAUCAAUCACGGAAUCUCUGCUACGAGUGCGCACCAAAUCCGAGGAGGUAAUCGGUAACAUCAGGCUGCAGGAGCCGGUGGAGUCAGCGGCGCAGGAUAUCGAGAAGCUGAGACACGCGAUGAACUCCGUAACGCUCGAGCUUGAGUCGCUUCAAACGGAGAUCUCAAGCCACCUCGAGAUACACCGACGACUGUGCAUCUUCAAAGAGGAUAUCGAGAGGAUCGACUCGGAUCUGCGUGAUUUAAGCGGGCAACUAAAGACUAUAGACGGAAGAAUCGGCGAGAACUUGUCGGCGUCGAGAGCAACAUUGGCUGCUUUCGAGCAGUUCGAGCAAACUAUAACGAUUUUGGAAGAGAGGAUCGAAACGUUCGUGAAAAGAACGGAAGAGACGAUCGUUCUUUUGACGCCGCAAGUGACGGACGACAUCUCGUCGCUGCGAAGCAGGUGGGAUCUCCUGAGGAAACGCGUCAGAGACACCAAGAAGCGGAUCAAUCUAAGUAUCGAUUAUUUCCUGCUCUUGGAGGAAGCCAAACAGUGGUUCAGAGAGGGCAGUAAACUCCUGGUGAUCGUCGCACGUAAGGCUACGACUGUGAAGAUGCCCGAAGAAGCCGCCGACUUGCUGCGAGAAAUUGACGCUUACAUCAAGCCGGGCGAGGAGCAGCAGGAAAAGCGGAUCGAGAAGCUGAAAGAAUUGUCCACGUCAGUCUUUGGCACCGACAGACUUCCGCAAUUCAACGAGGUGAUAGUAGAGAAUCGGCAGAUGCUGGAUUCCUUCGCAGUAGUCUCUUCCGAGCUGCGCACUCUGAGCCAGAAUCUGCAGAACGCCGAAGACCUUCGAGAGAGGCUAAGGAUCGAGAAACUGGAGGCCGACAAGAAGCUGCAAGCUGCCAAGAUCGAGAUGGCCGCAGCGGAAGCGGCCAAAGCGGAGGCGGAAAACGCGAGGAGACUCGCGGAGCAGCUGGCGGCCGAAACCCUGAACAAAGCGGCGAUAGAGGCGAAGAGAUUGAAGGAACAAGAACUGGAAGCGUUGAAGAUCGUCACCCCUGUCUCCCACUCGGUCUCCGCUCAAACCGACGAGACUGUAGUUGAGGAAACCGUCACUUCCGCCGUGACAACGAAGGAGAUUCACAUACUUCAGAAGAUGGAGAUCGAGAAGAGCGAUCCGGUUGUUCAGAAGGAAGCCAGCCCACCGAGGAAGCUUGUGUUGGCAGACGUUGAAUCGUCUCUCGAUGAUACCAAGCACGUGAAAAUGGAGGAAAGCUCGUUGGCUCCGGAAUUCGCGGUUCCCCUGAGCGACGCGACGGUUCAAGAAGGCAAGGAGUUCAAUUUCGAGUGUCACUUGGUCGGCCAUCCCGUACCGGAGAUAGUCUGGUACAAGGAUGGAAUUUCGAUACUGAAUAAUCCAGACUACUUGACGACCUACAUCCACGGAGUAUGCACGUUGAAGAUAGAGGAAACGUUUGCCGAGGAUUCCGCCAAGUACACUUGCCGUGCGUUCAACAUUCUCGGUUCGGCCGAAACGUCGGCCACUCUCACCGUGAAAGAGACUGUCGCAGAGGAGCAGCCGAGAGCUCCCGUUUUCGUGAAGGAACUGCAACCCUCUACCGCGAGAGAAGGAUCCUCCCAUAGUUUAGAGUGCACCGUCGAGGGGAAUCCUCUUCCAACGGUGCAGUGGUACAAGAACGACGUCAACAUCGACAACUCGCCGGACUACGCCAUCACUUUUAAUAACGGCGAGGCUAUUCUGAAGUUUGACGAAAUUUUCUUGGAGGACAAGGCUCUCUACACCUGCAGAGCGACCAAUCAAUUGGGACAAUCGUCCACUACCGCUUCCCUCGACGUGCAACCGGCACAGAUCAUCACGAAGAAACCGUAUUUUGUGGUGCCGCUGUCAAACGCCAUGGCUAGGACGGGCCAGAGGGUGAAACUGGAGUGCGAAGUCGGUGGGAACCCGAUGCCUGAAUUAAACUGGACUCAGGAUGAGAGGCCGAUCGAAGAGACCAGAUAUCACAAAAUUCAAACAGAGGGAGCUCGUACGAGCUUGACCAUCACGGAGGCAUUCCCGAAGGAUGCCGGAUGUUACACGGUGACCGCCAGGAACGACGCUGGAGAGGCCUCUGUGUCCUGCACCGUUUCUGUGAAGGGACGAUUGCCUCACGAAACCGGCGACUCCGAGUUGGUUUGCAGUGACAUGGAACCGAUAGUACCAAAGUUUCAAUUACCUUUGCGCGAUCUGAAGAUCCAAGAAGGACGCUCAGCCAGAUUGGACUGCGUGAUCGUGGGUCAGCCUGAACCGGAGGUGAUCUGGUAUCACGACGAGCAACCGGUGAAGGAAUCGUCGGACUUUCAGUUGCUCUUUCAAGGCGACAGAUGCUCCUUGGUCAUUCACGAGGCUUUCCUGGACGACGCCGGCACAUACAAAGUAGUCGCCAUUAAUUCUGGCGGCGAAGCUUCUAGUCAGUGCACAUUAACAGUCACACCGGUAUCUCAUCCGGACGUAACCGAUCGAGCACAGGAAGGAGAAGAGACUCUCAUAAGUGGUGCCGCCCCGAAGUUUGUCAGACUUCCGACGGAUUUGCUGGUCGCUGAGGGCGAGGACGCGGUUUUCGAGUGUGCCGUGACCGGAGAACCCAAACCCGAUUUGAGGUGGUACUCGACGGACGAUGGCGAAGUCAUUCACGACGGGAGGAUAAUGAUCAAGGAGAAGGAUGAUGGAACGAGGAUCUUGAAAAUUUCGUCAACGAAGCCGGAAGAUAAGGGCAAUUACGUGGCAAAGGCCAUGAAUAUCCACGGCGAGGCGAAAGCUUUCGCCAGAUUGGUCGUGAGGUCGCUUGGUGAUUUUAAGAGGAACGAAGAGUUCGUCCAAAUGGAGGAAAAGCUGAUUCGACCAACGUUCAAGGAAGUGUUCGGAGACAGGAGAGUGCCCGAGGGGGUUUCUACGAAAUUCGAGUGCAUCGUCAGUGGAAAACCUUCCCCUAAGAUCCAGUGGCUGUUUAAUGAUCGGCCGGUACAUGGGAAGGACUUCCUCGUGUCCGUCAGCGGAGAUCGACAGGUUCUGACGAUUCCCGAGGUCGGCGAUGCGCACAUCGGCACGAUCACCUGCAUAGCGGAGAACGCGGCUGGCAGAGCGGUUUGCAGCGCUCGAGUGGAAAUUGAUUCCGAGUCGGUGAAACAAGGUGCGCACGAAGUCGAGAGAUUGCUCGAGCUGGUUCCAAGUCCUCCCGCGGAAAUCAUGCAUCCCGCGAGCAGCAGCGAGAAACACUUCUCGAGCGAGAAGACGUAUCACGAGGGCGGCACCGAGAGUCAAGUGCAGACCAAGAUGUCAUCGAGUGUCACGCAUUCCUCGACGACAUCCACGAAGAAGGAAUUCGUGUCGUCCAGCAUGACCUCCAGCUUAUCGCAAUCUGGACAGGAACCGAGCAGCGUUUGCACGAAAACAACUGUACAAAGUUCGGAGCGAUCGGUCUCGGAAAAUGGUGCACCACCUGUCGUGCAGUCUCACAAGAUCGAGGAGUAUGAGAAAAUCGUGCAGGAGCAGCCCGGCGAGAUGCGGCAGGAGAAAACUGUUGUCGUGUCGGAGGAAACGGGUGGCAUCAAGUCCGACGUAAAGAUGAGCCAAGUGCAGAAACCAUCCAGGAAGCCGAUAGCACCCAGAUUCGUCUCGCCGAUCACGGGGAUGAUCGUCGAUCAAGGAACGGAUGUGGUUCUUGAGGGCAUCAUCGACGGUUUCCCGCAACCGUCGAUCUCGUGGUCGAAGAAUGGCCAAGAGCUGACGUCGAAGGACGGCGCGACGAUCAGUUACGCUCACAAUCAUGUGAGAUUGGAGCUAAGGAAUGUCAACGUGAAGGAUGCGGGACGUUACACCUGCACGGUGAGCAACGACAUCGGGAGCGCCAGCAGCACGGCCGACCUCGUCGUCAAGAAAACGAUAUUCCCGCCGGUCUUCGGCAAGCGGCUCAAAGCACAAGUGGUGAAGAAGGGAGAUCGCGUUAUAAUGGAAGUAGAAAUCACCGGUAUACCUGAGCCGACGGUCACCUGGUACAAGAACGACAUGCCGAUCAAUAAACGACCACCGGAACUGAGGAUCACGCAACAAGGAAACUGCUACACGUUGCUCAUAGACAAAGUUUGUGAAGAAGAUGCCGGCAAAUACAUGGUACGAGCAACCAACGCCGGUGGCGAGGCGCAGAGCAUCGCUGACGUCGCGGUUUUCGAGCCAAAGCCCGAUACUAUGGUCGAGGUGCAUAAGACUGUCAUCUACGAAAAUGUCCAGGAUAAAAGCGUCGUUCAGUCCGAGGGGAAGAGAGACGAGAUAUUAUCGGGCACUUUGACGAGCGAACGGACACCGACGAUGAUGAUCCAGCCGAGCACGUUAUUCAAGCCAACUUACGAUGCAACGUCAGCAAUAACUGCUAUCGACAUCGUGCAGAAGAUCGAUAAGCCGGAGAUGAAGAGCAGCAAGUCGGAGACGAUUUCCUCCAUAAUCGAGUCCCACGAAUCUGAGACCAAAUCGGAGCAGAAGUUCCACAUGAAACUGGAACACAAAAUUCCACCAAUCGUGGAAUCCAAGAUUCAAACCGAGCAAAUGAUCACGAUGAAAGAGAUCGGCCAUGACAUAAGAGACAUCGCGGAGCCGUUGAUGAAACUGGAUGACAAGUCAAUGAUCGAGAAUGAAAAUAUCGAGACCUCCACAAUCGCGAAGAAAGACGCACUGAGCUACUUCGAGUCCAUUACUAAGGAAAGCGACGUGACGCCAAAAGGACCGAAGGGGAUGAUCAAGCUGACGGAAGAUGGCCAGGUUCAAGAAGCGAAAGUCGGGGAACUGAUGAAAAGUUACGAGCGGGCAGCGACUUCUUACGAAGUGAAGAAGCCGGAGCCGAAGCCGUCGGACUUCCAAACCACGAAGAAGGCAGUCCAGGACAUGUUUACGAGGUUGGAGCAAGGCCCGUCGCCUCGCGGCGUGGACAACAAGUUGUUCGACUUCCCGUAUGAGACUCCAAAGCUACCGGCACCGGUGGAGAUAAAGAAGACGAUUAUGGAGGACACGAUGGAGGUAACUCGCGACUCCAUGUCGCAGCUGCAGAUUCAGACGGAGAGCUCCGGGACGAUGAUGAAGAGUUUCAACUUGGUGCCGGAACCGCCUCCCGAGAUCUGUUACAUGCCGAAGGCAGAUGAGCCUAAAAAAAAACGACCCGAGGUGUUCGUCAAGGCGAGGCAGCUUCAGGAGUCUUUUGACAAGACCCUGUCGCCGGUAGAGGCUCCGAUCGGUGGUGUGAAGAUAUUCCCUACUCCCCCAACUCCCAAAGCACCAGAACCCGCCAAAGUAAUCACUACCCCCGCAUUUACGAUACCUCCCCCGUUUGAGCUGGAGAAGAAAGAAACGUUCGAGGAGACGUGCAUGAAAAAGGACACGUACGAGAAGAAGGAGAGCAAAUCGUUCAAGGAAGAGAAAAUGGAACCGUGGAGAUACGCGUCGACGUCCGUCUUGAGUACUUCUCCCAUCAGACCGUGGUCUUCGUCGUCGGACGUGGAGACCAAGUCGCACGUUUCCACGGACCUGUCGGAAUACAGAUGUCAUUCGGCCGCCUCGAGCCACCAGGAGACGGUGAGGUCGACCUCGCCGAAGCCGUCCGCGGACGGUCUGGCUAUGGAGAAGUCGUGGGCAAAGAAGCACGCAGAUUCAAACAGGAAGUCGUGGCCACCUCAGGUCGAAAGCGCGCCAAAGCGCGAGUGGAAUAUUCCCGUGGACGAGUACAAGAGCAGCACGAGAGAGUUCAAGCAGGAGGUCGAAGAGACGCCGCAUGGUGGAAUGAAGAAGACCAGCACGGAGUCGUCGGCCAGUGUGGAGAAGCGCUCGUGGAGCAGCAAGGAAGAGUUCACGGAGAAGAUGUCUGAAGCACCUCCGCCCGUGUCCAAGCUCGGUCCGAUUAUCUAUAACGCCGAGACCAUCAAGGUCGACCAUACGGUGAACACCAUGCAAGAGAAGUCUUUCUUCGAGAAACGCAUCAGCGAGUGCAACUUGGAGAAGGCGGAGACGACGCGCAAGUCCGAGGAGCUGAGUACGCGACGUUGGACACACAGCGAGGACCUCAAGGCACCCAGCUUGGUGAAGAAAAUCGAACCGGUUGUGAAGCCGCUCACGACAUCACGCUACCUUACAGAGUCGGGAACAGCGUCGCUCAUCCUCGAGCCAGGAUCACCGCCGGAGAUUGGGUACAUCCCGCCGCCCGUCGCGAAAGAGCAGGUCGUAUCGGAGCGUGUCGUGGAGACGAAGAGAGAGGCAGCACCGGUGCUGCCGCCGAAAGAUGUGCGCAUUACACCACCUCCCUUACCGUCUAAGAAGCCCACCCCCAGGGUCUCGACGCCAACCCCAACGAAAUUUAUCAAAGCUUCCUUCAGCCACGAGAGCGAUUAUGAGUCUGAUCUUGACGGUCAUCCGAAGGCGAAGUGGAGACCCUACGAGAGCGAUAACGAGGAGCCGCAUUAUCGAAAAGUCAAGGCGCCCGUUCCGAAACAACCGAGGCCAAGGUCCACCGAGCCCGAGCCACUCCCACCAUCGAGGUUCGAGACGCCGGUGACGCAAUUUGCCGGGCCAUCCAGGCCGCUCGUGGUUGCUGACUCUGUCGAGAAGACGACGAAGAAAACGACAUUCAAGCGAUACGAGAAGGAAUCCAAACAGCAACAGCAACAACAACUGCAGACUCCAAUAGCCAUAAAACCUGGCUCUCCGCCGAUUUACGUGCAACCGGUGCGAGUCAAGAGUCCCGCACCGAAAUCACCUCCUGCGAAGAAGCCGGACUCACCGAAGUUCAAGACAAAGAUCUUCCAACAAGAGAGCGGCUACAUGGCGGACACUGACGAGCCGUUCCAGCAGAAGGUCUCCAGCAUGGUGACGCAGAAGAGCUUCGGCAAGCGCGACAGUUCCUCGAUGACGGUUCACACGGAGAGCCGUACCUCCAGCACGGACAGUAGAACAAAGUUCUUUGAGAGCCACAGUUACAAGAGCGAUCUGCGAAAAGAGGAACCUGCCGUCGUGUUGUCGCCGCCGACGAUUUGUAGCGCCCCGGCGGCUCCCAUGGUCGUUCAGCAGCAACGCAGCUCGCUCGAGAGAAGCUACGCCUCGUCGACCAGCACCGGUCUGCGUAGAUUCGAGUCCGUGAAGGAAACAGGGCAGUUGCACAGAAAACUAGAGCCAACGGAGAAGAUUCUGUCAAUCUCUCCGAGUCCUUCGAGGUUUGUGAAGGGUGAUUUCCGUGAGAGCGACUACGAGAGCGACUAUGACGGCAGAUCUGCAGCGUCGCUCACGAGAACGUUGCAGACUGGUUCAGGCAAACCGACGGAGCCGAGCGCGCCGGCUCCGCUGCACGAGAAGACUCACGAUCGGGAGAUUAAAACUUCCGUGAAACGAGACUCGCAUCGCGAACAGCACACGGCGGUUACACCGACCAAGCCGAAGACGGUCCUUCUGCCCGGCUCUCCGCCGGAGCUCGCGUACGCGCCACCUCAGCUGCACCAGCAGCAAUAUUACGAGACGCACACUAGCGCGCCGUACACCAAAGCGAUCGGCACCGAGACGAAGAAGACGGUGAGGAUGGACGAGUCGACCGAGAACGCCAGGAGAAUCGUCACCGUCGAGCAAACCAGCCGGGUCAUCAAGUUCGGCGACACCGGCUUCGACGCGCACGUCGCAGCGGAAGCGGCUUGUCAGAAGCCGCAGGCGCAUUAUCGCGUGCCAACGCCGAGGAAAUUCGUGCAGGGUCAAUUCCGCGAGUCCGACUACGAGAGCGACGUGGACUCCAACAGGAUCCGGCCAAAGUGGGCGCCGGCCGACAGCGACACGGAAGACCCGUGUUACCGAAGAGUGCAGCCACCGACGGCGAAGAGGUCAUCGAGCGCGCCGGCCAGACGUGUGCACGUCGCGUCGCCGAUGGAGUUUGACGUCGGACCUGUGACGACGCAACUGCGCCGGGAAGAGAUGGACAAGAAGAUCGACCCGCAACAACGUACGACCUUCAGCAAGUCUGAUGGCAUCUUACAGCCCGGCUUGCCGCCCGAGUACGGAUUCGUCUCGAGGAGCGACGUGAAGAAGGCAGCGGACCACAUCGCAUCGCGUCACAUGAGCGACAUGACGAGCAGCUUCAAAUCGAAAACCGAGAAAUUCGUCAGCGAUAUCCAGUCAGACUUGAGGCAGGGUAAGCCGAUACUGAAGCAACCCGCCGACACGAGAGUGACGACCGACAGCGACGAGCCGAGAACUUACAGAGAAGAGUCGCGAGUCUCCGAGCACGGAACGAAACAUAUCGAUCCGGACACUGGACUGAUAUACUUCAAGUACGACUUCGGCUAUGAAUUCGGCAUCGUUUUGCCCGGCGAGGGCAAGAGGACGGUCGAGAGCAGCAAGAAAAGCAUCCAAGGCCAGAGACGCGCCAGCGACAUAGAAGUACCCAUAGUCCACGAGUUCACCGAGCGAAAAGCGAACGGUUUCGCGAAGAAGGGCGCGUUCCCGAGCCGCCAGAGCAAGCCCGCGAGCAAAUUCGGGAACUCGAAGAGCGUCAAGUGGGAGCCGACUUCGGAGAGCGAGUUCUCCGAGGCCGAAGACGCGAGGAACUUGAAGAAGAAGCAAACGGCCGGCGAGAGCGUCGUGGAUAGCUCGAUGACUCCUCCGAGCCUCGUCAUACCUUGCUCACCCUCCAAGUGGGAUCGCAUAACGCCCAGCCCGCUUUCUCUCAGUCCGAGCUUGCCGAGCCUCUCUCCGAGAUACAGUAGCGCCACUGGACCACCCAGCAACGUAGACUCCGCAGGUUCACCAUGGCCGACGAGCAACGGCGUGCCAUCGAGCAAGGAGGUGAUUCAGCCGUACCUCGAAAUUUUGCCAAAAAAGGCUCCCACCUUCAUCACGCCUCUGAAAGAUAUCGCGGUAGUAAGCGGGCAACCGGCUAGAUUCGAGUGCAUCGUACAGGCUGAACCGCAGCCCAAUAUCCUCUGGUCGAAGGACCACAGGAUCGUCGAGAAUUCUGCGAGCCACGACAUCCAGUACAGGAAUGGCGUUUGUCGUCUCACCAUACUGAGAGCUUUCCCAGAUGACGCCGGGACCUACGCGUGCACGGCAACGAAUAGUCUGGGUUCCACCGUAACUUCGGCCAACUUGGAGGUUCCAGGUAACAGACGAUCUAUAUACGCUCCUAUUUCGUAAAGAUCGAGCGAGAUGAAAGAAGAAAUCGAUCGAGCGGUCGAUAAACGCGAAGGUGGUGGAGAAUUCGAUUGUUAACCUCGAUCUGUCGGUGUGCCGCGUCGUUUCGUAUCGCUUGAGUUUAAUUUAAGUCAGCCGCAAAUUAAUCAGAAGUGAAGGUAAUAACGACGCCCAAGACGUGUUCCGUGCAGCAAGAAAGUGUUUUGGCAAACACACUUGACAACGACGACGACGACGACGACGACGACGACGACGACGAACGAACAUGACUCGAUGGUAAGAGGUUUCCUCUAGUUUGCUUCUGGUUGGGGAUGGUCGGCAAUGUAUCGCUAUAUGAAGGGACGAAAAUCGGUAGAGCUACUAAUCGACAGAGCGACAGCAGACUAGCUCUGUCCAAAUAUGCACAAUCGUUUCUCUUGCAUUUCGCAUGAAUGUACGAAGCAAUGUUGCGGUGGACAGAGCGGUGGACCGAGCUAGUCGACGGUGAGCUGGUGGCUGGUGGCCAACGGAAAAGCAAAGUGCGACAGCUAAGAGAGAACGCUUCAUUGAACAGCAUAUAGAAUAUCUCGAUCGUGUUGGAGGAGUUUUAAGAGAAGCUUCUGAUUCUACGCGCAUACUAUACUCUUCAUCUCUCGUCUAUGCCUACGUCUUUCUCUCUCUCUCUCUCUCUCUCUCUCUCUCUCUCUCUCUCUCUCUCUCUCUCUCUCUCUCGCUCGCUCGCUCGCCUUGUUCCAACUUUCUAUUCUUCUCUGUCUUCGCUAAAAUAUAUUCAAGACUUCCCCCUAAAUAUAUAUCAAACGUUCCUUGCCGGAAUUGCCGGAAGCAAGAGUUGCAGUACUCCCCUUUUUUUCUUUUUUUUUUUGAAUCUCUAUUGAGGUUGACUAUGACUGAAAGUGAAACAUCCGGUAGAAUAGGAGAUGAUGAAAGAAACCUUUUUCCUAUAUAUAUCUUGAACCAAAGAUGGAUAUUACUUUACAUCGCUUUACUUUUACAAGUCGUGACGUAUCGGUGGAACGUAGUUAUAUUAUUUAAAAACGAGCUAUAAGAUUAUUAUUUAUUAACAAAUAUCGAAUAGAGGUAUGCAAUAGAGGUAUACCCGAUCGCCCCGGAUGCGGCUGCGCUUUUCACUCGGUAGCUUGAUAAAUUUCCACGUUAAUUCGUCUUCGCUUAGAA